AUGUGGAGUUUAACUAACCUAUCAAAGAUGUCGUGCACUGCUGGUCAGGUGAUACGCUGCAAAGCUGCUGUUUCAUGGGAGCCCGGGAGGCCAUUGGUGAUAGAGGAAGUAGAGGUGGCACCACCACAGGCAAAUGAAGUUCGUUUGAAAAUCCUUUUCACUUCUUUGUGCCAUACUGAUGUCUACUUCUGGGAAGCCAAGGGGCAGAAACCAUUAUUUCCUAGAAUUUAUGGUCAUGAAGCAGGAGGGAUUGUAUAGAGUGUUGGUGAAGGUGUGACAGACCUCAAACCAGGUGACCAUGUCCUGCCUGUAUUCACAGGGGAAUGCAAGGAUUGUGCUCACUGCAAAUCAGAAGAAAGCAACAUGUGUGACUUACUUAGGAUUAACACUGACAGGGGUGUUAUGCUUAAUGACGGAAAAACAAGAUUUUCAAUCAAUGGCAAACCUAUCUACCAUUUUGUUGGGACUUCCACCUUCAGUGAGUACACUGUGGUUCAUGUCGGUUGUCUUGCCAAGAUCAACCCCUUGGCUCCUCUCGACAAAGUUUGUAUUCUCAGCUGUGGAAUUUCCACAGGAAUUGGUGCUACUCUUAAUGUUGCAAAACCUCCAAAGGGUUCAACUGUGGCUGUUUUCGGACUGGGAGCUGUGGGACUUGCUGCUGCUGAAGGGGCAAGGAUUGCUGGCGCUUCAAGGAUUAUUGGCGUUGAUAUUAACUCAAACAGAUUUGAAGAAGCUAAGAAAUUUGGUGUUACUGAAUUUGUGAACCCAAAAGACUAUAAAAAGCCGGUUCAGGAGAUGAUUGCCAAGAUUACUGAUGGCGGAGUGGACAGGAGCGUUGAAUGUACUGGAAAUACUGAUGCUAUGAUUUCUGCAUUUGAAUGUGUCCAUGAUGGCUGGGGUGUUGCCGUUCUUGUGGGGGUGCCACACAAAGAUGCUGUGUUCAAGACCCACCCUAUAAACUUGUUGAAUGAAAAGACUCUCAAAGGUACCUUCUUCGGAAACUACAAACCCCGUUCCGAUCUUCCCUCAGUGGUGGAAAAAUACAUGAACAAGGAACUUGAACUAGAGAAAUUCAUCACGCACUCAGUACCAUUCUAUGAGAUCAACAAGGCUUUCGACUACAUGCUUAAAGGAGAAAGCCUUCGGUGCAUCAUCCGCAUGGAGUAG